AUGGUCAGGGUUGGCGACGACACCGCCGAAACCGGGUCCUUCCUCUGCCGCCCUGGCACCGGCUACAGGACCCGCACUGGCAAGACGUGCUGCCCAGCGAGCAACAUCCGGCAAGACAACCUGCACAGCUGGUUCCGUGCGGAUGCGCGACUCUCCUCCAUGAGCGGCGGCGUCGCCAGUAUCUCGUUCCGCCUCUACUUUCGGUACGUCUUCAACGAGCGGGUCGAGUGGCGGCCGCUCCGGUGGGAGCUCCUGAGCGAGAUGCACGGCCGGCGCGUGCAUGUCUCUGCUGCAUCGACCGACCUGCGGUACGCGUGGCACGUCCAUCCGGACGCCGCCUCGCUCGCGCCCAACGCGGCCGACCUCCCCAUUCAGCUCCGCCUUCCGGACGGCGCCGGCUCGACACCGCUCACCGUUCGGCUGCACGCGAGCUUUGGCGUGCGCGCGUGGGAUCCGGCGAUACAGAUGUGCAUCGACUCUGAGGACGUCGUCCACGUCGACCCGGGCAGAGGCCAAGAGAUGCUCGUCGAGGGCGAGGCGCUCACCAACCCCGUCACGCUGACCCCAGCAGGACACUCGCGGCCCCGCCCGGAACCGCCUCUGGUGGCGGCGCUGAGCGCGGACCGCAGGCUUGGCCCGCUGCUGUGGAGCGAUGAGUUCGACGGCUCCUCCAUCGACGAGUCGAAGUGGAUGCACGACAACUCGCCGCCGGAGAAUGGCGAGGAGCAGGACUAUGUCGGCCCCGGCCGCGGCACUUCGCGGGUGGCGGAUGGCUCGCUCGCCCUCACCGCGCGGCGUUCGGCCGACGGCGCCGUGACCUCCGCCCGGCUGACCACGCUCUGGCGCUUCAACUUCACUUACGGCAUCGUGGAGGCGCGAAUGCGCGCGCCGCUAGUGGCGGGCCUCUGGCCCGCGUUUUGGAUGCUGGGCACCGACCUGCUCGACCCGAACACGGGUUGGCCCGCAUGCGGCGAGAUCGACGUCAUGGAGAUCUUUGGCACCCGGCGCGGCGCUGCUUCCUGCUCGACAGUGCACAACUCGCGCCACUCGUGGGGCACGCUCGACCCGCUCGAGGGCGGCUGCUUCGCCCUCGAGGAGCCGGAGCCGGCGUGGCAUGUGUGGAGGCUGCUGUGGACGCCGCGGCGCAUCGCCUUCUUCAUCGACGACGGGCGCACGCCAAUCUACUCGUACUCGCCCGCGCAACGGACGGCGGCCAACUUCCCAUACACCAGGCCGCAGUACCUGAUCGCUAACUUGGCGGUGGGAGGCAACGGCCCCUCGCAGCCCGUCGACUUCUCCGCGCUCGAUCCGCCUGGCACGACCCUCUUCCUCGACUACGUUCGCGUCUACGCCCUUCCCGACGGAUUGGACGAGCUGGCCGACAUGAGCUGGCCGAAUGACGUCGAGCGGCCGACGCUGAUGCGUGGGUACGCGAGAGCUGUCGACAGCGACGCGGCGCACGAAGCGGCGAGAGUUGCCGAACCCGAAGAGUGUGUGUAUGACCUAUGA